CCCCGGAGUCUUGACGUGCUUGCACGAUCUGGCAGCCUUCAUGGCAUAUUUUUGCUGCCUGUGUAGAAAUGUUAUGGAUGGGUUCUCUUCGUUCACUGCAGAUGAAAGAAUUGAAGUUAGCAACCCUGUCGUUCUCGACACAAGUCACAUAGGUCAUGAAGUAGUCAUUGUAAAAAAUGGAACAAGAAUAUGCGGAGGUGGAGGAGCGCUGGGCAGCGCACCUCUAGUGCAAAACAAGUCUUACUUUGAAGUUAAAGUGCAGCAAUCAGGCAUUUGGAGUGUGGGAGUGGCGACUGAACAAGCACAGCUCUCUUCUGCACCAGGGGGAGUGGAUAAAGAGUCAUGGGUCCUCUGCUCUGAUGGUGUUGUCAAACAUAAUGGUCAAGACAUACACAAGCUUGCUGACGUUCCUCAAGAAGGCGACGCCAUUGGCAUUACAUAUGACCACAUUGAGUUAAAUUUCUACUGCAAUGGCAAGAAUUUGAACAUUCCAAUCAGUGGAAUAAGAGGAACUGUCUAUCCUGUACUUUAUGUUGAUGAAGGGGCCAUCCUCGACUUUGUGAGCGAGCAUUUUAGUUUUCCUCCACCUUCUGGCUUUGAAAGAAUUCUACUUGAGCAAUCUCUACUAUAGUUUUUCUAUAUUUCCAUUUGAAUUUCCAAAUACAAGACUGCGUUUUUAAUUUUCUGAUGUAGAUCUAGUAACCAUUCUAGAGUCAAUUGGUUGAUUUAUUUUUUACAAAAUUAACCUUGUUCAUUUUUUGAUGGCAAAAAGUUUGAUUCUCAAAAAUACUACUACUUUUCUCAUAUUGUUGAAAACAAUUAUGAUAACUUUUAUUAAACCAUAUAUAAAAUAUAUAAACAAAAGAUAUAA